AUAGGCGAUGGCUCCAGGAGGGUGCGUGGGGAGAGAGCGUUCUGGAAGGGGCACACCCCUGGGCAGGGGAGCAUAAAACCCGCUGCUCCCUGGCCCCAACCCAGCACCGCUCCAGCCGCUGCACCGAGCAGAGCCACAGCACAGCCGGAGCAUUUGCCAGGAGCAGAGAUGCUUUGCCGCCUGCACUUCAUGCCGCCCAUGUCCAGCUCGCUGUUCCCGUGGCUGGGACCCGUCCGCACCCUCUGGCCUCAUCCAGGCACCCUCUUCGCCGAGCUGGAGCGGGAGAUGCGGCUGGAGAUGGAAAGGGCUCGGGAGUUCAUGAGCAGCGUCGAGCAGUACCUGAGCACUGGGAGCAGCCCCGGGCGGGUCGGCAUCGCUCCGAGCACCAGCGCAGCCCUGACCCAGGGCUCCGGGGAUGGCUUCUCCGUCUGCCAGGACGUGAAGGACUUUGCGCCCGAGCAGCUGUCGGUGAAGGUGGUGGGAAGGAAGGUGGUGCUGGUGGGGCAGAAGGAGACGCAGAGCACGGAUGAGAAGGGCUCCUUCUCCUACAAGUACGAGGUGCUGAAGCGGGAGUGGGACGUGCCCGAGGAGGUGGACGCCGAGGCGCUGACCUGCUCCCUGUCGAAGGACGGGCAGCUCCGCAUCGAGGCCCCCAAGCUGGCCCUGCCGGCUGCUCCGGAGAGGAAUGUGCCCAUCCAGAUGGGGCCGGCGGUGGCACAGGUAGCAGCCAGUGCUGAUGAUGGAGCUGAACGGGCCAAGGCGUGAUGGGGAGCAGCAGGGGCCGGGCUGAGCCUGGCAGAUGGGGCAGCUACUGGCCACAGAGCGGGACCGUGCUGGGACUGCGCGAUGGCCCAGGGGGUGGUGUCUGCCCAGAACAUGCAGCUUUUUUAUAUGUAAUAAAUAUUCCUGACUUUUA